GUUUAAACAAAUAGAAACCGCCGCCCAACACAAACACACCCGAAAUCAGCAUUUUCAGAGAAAAUCUCGCGAGUAGCGAUGGACCCUCACCCUCCUCCUGAACUCGCAGACGAGUUCCGCAACUGGCUGGAGUUGCCCCGGGACGUGACGGCGUCGAUCCUAUUGAGACUGGGCGCCAUCGACAUCCUGACGAGCGCGCAGAUGGUGUGCUCCCCGUGGCGCAACCUCUGCAAGGACCCGUCUAUGUGGCGCACCGUCCACAUGUGCAACCCUCACAGCCACUGGGACAUCUCCGACCUCGAGACGAUGUGCCGCCACGCCGUCGAUCGCAGCUGCGGCCAGUUGGUCGAUAUCUACAUGGAGUACUUAGGCGACGACGACCUCCUCAGGCACAUCGCUGACAGUUCAAGUCAGCUCAAACGCCUUCGACUUGUAAGUUGCCAUGACAUUUCAGAUGAGGGAUUGAGUGAAGUGGCUGCAAAACUUCCAUUACUAGAGGAGGUUGACAUUUCAUACUGUUUUGCACUGUCAAACGAACCUUUGAAAGCUUUGUGCCGCUUUUGUCCUCAUUUGAAAUCAUUCAAAUUCAACAACCCGGGGUUUAAAACUCCUUACUUUGAGUGUGAUGAGGUGGCACUUGCUAUUGCAGAGAACUUGCCUGAAUUGCGCCGCCUCCAGCUUUUUGGAAAUGUACUGACUAAUGAUGGCUUGCAGGCCAUCCUUGAUGGUUGUCCUCACCUUGAAUCACUUGACCUACGCCAAUGUUUCAAUGUCAAACUAGGAGGAAAUUUGGGAAGAAGAUGUGCUGAACAGAUUAAAGACUUGCGGCGUCCUCAUGAUUCCACUGAUGACUACGAAUUUAAUGCUGAAAUUGAUGAUGAUGGUUCUUUUGAUGGCAACUACUCAUCUGGGUUGUCAGACAUAGAUCAUUUGUCUGAUAUUGACAGGUAUUAUGAAUUCUCAGAUGACUACGAAGACUACGAUGACUUCACCAACUACAGAAAGUUUAAUGAUGGAGAUUUUUCUUUUGACUAGCACAAAUGAAAUGACUCGUGUUGUGUGCUGCACCCAACUCUUGUCUCCCAAUAUUUUGAAUGUUUAGUAUUAGUUUCGUAUUGACUUCAUAUGUACUAGCUUUAUACAUACUAUUAGAUAUAUCAGUUUUGAAUUCUAACCAUAAAAUAGAUGUUUUUCAUUU